AUGUUCGUUGUAUGCUAGGAGACUGUUGGAAAAACAAUCUAUCAUCUACUAAUCAAAUAAUACAUAUUUAACAAAAAUUUAAAUAUACCAAACAAAUUUAGUAAUGUAAGAAUACUAGUAUUAUAUUAAUAGACAAAUGUAAAAUACAUAAAAGAGUGAAUUGAAAUCGAAUUCACUGACUUGUAUGUGAGAUAGGGGCUUGCAGAUUCAUGUUAUGACCUAAAGGCAAUAUUUUACCCAUUCUCGGUGCUUGAAGUUCUACACAUGUGAUGUGACUGUCUCCUAGAAUUCAAUUAUGUGUAUUCUAAUCCUAGGACUUAUGUGCGUCUUAGUGCUUAUGUGAAAAACUUUGGGGGCUAUUCUAAUUUAAGUAGGCCUCUAAUACUUGCGGCCCUUGAAAUCCUUAGAAGCUCGCUUUGGUGAAACUCGUAUGCUUGCUCACUUUCACUAAGUCUCUCAGUUAAUUUCUGGGCCAGAAGUUCAGCCUCCUUCUAGGCUUUGGUUCUUUCCUCCUAACUACGAAAUUGUUCCAUGGUCUUUGUUUCACGCGCUACACUAGUCGUCUACCCUCUCGUCUCUCAUUUCUUCCAUGUAUUUUCCCUCCACGAUCUUUUAAAUAAAAAUAAGGCUUUUUAUCACAAAACAUCUAUGGGGUUUUAAGUUUUCAUGUGUUAUUAGUAGUCCUUAAGGUUAACAACCAUGCUCAAAAGUAUUAUAUGUUGUUAUGUUCUAUUCCAUCCAAAAUUCCAUCUAAUGAUAUCACGUCAUGUGAAUUGAAUAAAAAUACAUAUUUUAAAAUAAAAAAUUUAUAAUAAAAAAAACCUCCAAUUUCACCUUCCAUGUCCCUCCCCCUCCACGGCUCCCGCUCCCGCUCUCUCUAUUCUCCCUGUAUCUCUCUGUCCUCUCUCUCUCUUCUUCCUAACCCAACCCCCAAAUAGUUUCAAAUCAAGCACACAAGAUGCACAAGAUAUCAUUUUUAAAAUAUUUUAAAAUAAAAAAUAAAAUAAAAACUAUUUAAUCCACAUGGUGUGAUAUCACUAGAUAUGUGAGCCCUAUCUGUGUUUGGGGGUGGUGAAAAUCCACCUAACCUGAGCACUUGAUGGAGACAAAGGGCUUGGGGCAUUGAAACUUGGCAAUCGGGUUUUGGCGGCCAGGUUUGGAGCUGGAAGGAGUGUUGCGGCCGAUAUCCAAGGAUGUUGCGAGCGGGUUACGUGGCUAGGAGGAUGGACCGGGCUACGUGGUUGAAAGAAUGGGCCGAGCUGUGUUCAAGCUUGGCUGGAGAGGUGCGGCUAGACUAUGUGCAACUGGGUUUUCAAUCGCGGAGCUGGGCAGCCAGGGCUUGCAAGAUAGAUAGGCACGGUCGUAUUAAAGGAAUGACGGUCGAGAGUUGGGUUUUGGGAGAUACGGCUGGGCACCGCUGGAAAAACAGGAGCUUGCGAGACAGCUGGGCGUGGCCGGAAGAGCUAAGGGAUUUGGAAAAUUGCGGCCGCGUCCGGAAUGGAUGUGUUGCUGCAGGAUUUGAAGUUGUGGAGUUGUGGCCGAGAAUUGGAGCACGAGUUGAAGGAAUAUUGAGGCUGGAGUUUGUAGGUAUUUUGCAAGUCAGGUUGAAGGGUUUGGAGGUUAAAGUCUAAUAUUGUCUAUAUAUAUAUGGGGGCGGAUCCGUGGCACUACGUUUUUGACACAAUUUUUGGGCCAUUAGAUUACUUCACUUUUAAUGGUUGAGAUUAAAUAUUACAUGGCAAGUAGUUUUAAUUUUUUUUAAAUAGACAAUCAUUAAUUUUAUUCUCUCUCAUAAAAAUAAAAGGAAAUUUUUCUCUCUCCAACCUUUUUGCUGGAAGACGUAAUCUCUCCUGCCUCUUUAAUCUCAAAUAUUUAUUAGGAUCUAAUAAAUAAAGAAUCUCACCAAAAACUAAAUACCCAAACCCCACAUUUGCACGCCUCUCUCUCUCUCUCUCUCUCUCUCUCUCUCUCUCUCUCUCUCUCUCUCUCUCUCUCUCUCUCUCUUUCUCCUCUUUAAUCUCAAAUAUUUAUUAAGGUCUAAUAAGGACUGUUUUCAGUUUAUCCUUCUUCAUCCUCCUUCUUCAUCCUUCUUCAUGCACAGCAUAUACGCAACCCUGAAUUCAUCUUCAGUAUAGUUCUUUUAUGUCAAAGCAAUUUCUCAUAUCUGAAUACAAUAUUGCCUCAUCAAAAUGUUGGAGCGCACACAAGAUAUUUCCUCCAACUCUCAGUGCAUAUCUUUGGUAGAGGAGAUAAUUCAAGUGAAGAAUGGUGAAACAAGUACUCCAAAAAAGAAAGUGACACAAUUAAAAGCGCCUUAUUCAGGGAUGGUAUUUGACACAAUGGAAGAAGCAAGAAACUAUUAUGAAGAGUAUGGCCGACAAGAGGGAUUCUGGAUUAGAACUCGAUCUUCCUCCAAGACAAGAAGGCGUUUAGAUGAGGUAACGAGUAGACAAUUUGUUUGUGCACAUGAAGGAAAAUACGUGCCCAAAAAUACAUCACAGAAGGCUUCAGAAGAGAAUGAUGAGAAAAACAUAAGUGAGAUUGAGAAUAUGAAGAGAACGGGUAAAAAUUGUUCUACAGUGAAAUGUGGAUGCAAAGCAAGUAUGAGAAUUAAGCUUGAUAGAUGGUCAAACAAAUGGAAAGUUUCAAGUUUCCAAGACUCUCACAAUCACAAGCCAGUUACACCGGAAAGAAGAAUGAAAAUGAAGUCAAAUAGGGUUAUGCCGAAAGCAGCUAAAAUUCUGACUGAAACAUUUCAUGAAGAAAAUUUGCCAAUUGCAAAAGUUCCUUCAAUCUUUGGUGGCCCGCAUAUUGGUUUUAACAAUAGAGAUUGUUAUAACCACUUGAGAAAUGUCCGGCAUAGACAACUGGAUGGAGGUGAUGCACAGUCAGUCCUUACUUACUUUAGGAAGAAGCAAGCUGAGAAUCCUCAAUUUUUUUAUGCCAUUCAAUGUGAUGAAAACGGAAGGGCAGCUAAUUUCUUUUGGGUGGAUGCUCGAUCACGCAUGGCGUACAACUAUUUUGGAGAUGUAGUCACAUUUGACACAACCUAUAGGACAAACAAGUAUGAUAUGCCAUUUGCACAAUUCACAGGAGUAAACCACCAUUUGCAAUCAAUACAAUUUGGAUGUGCACUUUUACAAGAUGAGACAGAGGUGACAUUUUUGUGGUUGUUUGAGACAUGGCUUGAAGCAAUGGGAGGACGUCAUCCAGUUUCCAUUAUUACUGAUCAAGACUUAGCAAUGAAAGGAGCAAUUGCCAAGAUUUUUCCUAACACUCGCCAUCGGUUAUGCCUCUGGCAUAUUAAAAAGAAGUUUGCAGAAAAAUUGUCACAUGUGUACUUCAAGAAGUCCAAAUUCAAAAUUCAGAUGAAGAAAUGUAUUCGGUCAACAUACAAGAUAGAGGAAUUUGAAGAAAAGUGGAAGGAAUUGAUGAAAGAAUGUGAAUUGGCUAAUGAUGACUGGUUGAAUAGUUUAUAUGAUAUACGUUCUUCUUGGGUUCCUGUUUAUAAUCGUGGCAUAUUUUUUGCAGGAAUGAACACUACUGGACGUAGUGAGGGUAUUAAUUCUUUUUUUGAUGGAUUCGUCACACCGACAACAAAUCUUAGAGAGUUUGUUGUCAAAUAUGAGCAAGCACUAAAGAGGAUCAUGGAUAGAGAAAGUGAUGAAGAUUUUGAAUCAGAACACAAGUAUCGCAUUGUGAAUGAAGGAGAAUUCCUUUUGAAACAUGCAGCAAAGUUUUACACUAGAAAUGUUUUCAACAAGUUUAAGGAUGAAUGGAGUAAAGUUACUCUCUACAAAGUUGAAGAAAUUCCAUGUGACGACGAAUAUCAUGCAUAUCUAGUGAAAACAAAACUUGGAGAGCAUGAAGAGUUUGUGGUGAAGUUAAAUUUGCAAACAUACAAAGGUAUGUGUGAAUGCCAAAAUUUUGAGUUUGUUGGAAUACUUUGUCGACAUUUGUUGAAAGUAUUUGUUCGCCUUGAUAUAGAUACACUACCUGACCAUUUUAUUCUUCCAAGAUGGAGACAAGAAGCAAACAAAUUUAGGAUAAUGGAUUUUAAAAGUUUGGUGACAAAUGAUGUGCUGCAUAUGAGUUGA